GUCAUUGAGAUUGUCAAAACAUUCUUGUUCCUAACCUUUUCUCCGUUUUUCUUUCCAUUAAUAAGUGUAGCCACGGAUUCGGGUAUAGGAAUCUGUAAAGGGAAAGAUGGCAUUUGUUGUGAUGGGUACUAUGAAGAAAACGGAACAUGUAAAGUUUGUCCAGGAGGAUUACACGGAAAAAAUUGCACACGAAAGUGCCCCGAAAACUCAUACGGAGAAUUAUGUCGUGGAAAAUGUAAAUGCACCACUGAGGAAACAUGUGAUUCUACUAAAGGAUGUGUUCUAAGAGGAGUAUGCACUGGUUCUGACGGAGAAUUCAAAUGCUGUUACAAUUACUAUCAACGCGUUAAAGAAAAAUGCACAGUCUGUUUCCCUGGUACUUAUGGCUUUAACUGCAGUGAACUAUGUCCAAAUGGAACAUAUGGCUAUCGAUGCAGAGAGAUAUGCAAUUGUAGCCCAGGUAUUACCCGUGACAAACAAUUCGGUUGUAUUGAUCAAGAAUCAUCGGAACCGUAUAAAAGAUAUCAAUUUGAAAUUUUGAUUUACACCCUCACUCCAGUUAUUUCAGCAAUCAUAUUCUGCCUGAUGAUAUUCUUUGUGGAGAAAUAUAUUAAACAAUAGUAAAUGCAUUUUCUUUUGUGAAAUGAUAAUUACUGAAUUGUUAAUAUGUAUAUUGCAUUUUAAUUUAUUAUUUAUAUUUAUUCUAUUUGCAAUGCUAAUUAUACCUGAUAAGAGUUGUUGCAGAGAUGCAUACAUGUAACAAAGAUUCGGGCAAAAACAUUUGUACGAGUAUCAAAGGCAUCGGUCAAAUGAAUGAAUGAAUUGAUUAUAUUGAAGACAUUUAUUAGAUACAUGUAUACGUAUCUCUAUUC